AUGAGCUCAGGACGAUUGAGACAACGCAACUCGACUUCAGCUCAUGCGUCCUAUGAACGCUGCUCCAAUGCACAAGAGGCAGCGGCUGCUCUGACGACCUUGGCCGACUCUACGGGCAGCAUGACUUUUCCACGACCCAGUGAUCAGCAGCAGCAACAGCAGCAGACAAGGUUCAAAGUCAGGCUCAGCUUUAAGAACAACAACAACUCUGUUCAGCAACAGCAUACAGAGUCCGCUACCCAUUCUCAACAUUUACAGACGAGCUACGACGCUAACCUCCAGGCUGCUCAUUAUGCCAAUCUGGUCGAUGGUGAUGCAAGCUUUCUUCUGAACCAGGCAACGGGCAACAAUUUAAGCAACAUAUCCACAAAAGCAAGUGGCGAAAUCGCUGGUCCUCCCCCCUCACACCACAGGGUGAGGCAAGGCAACGAGACGGAAGAAUGGAAGCUCUUCCCCAAUUCGAUGCAGCAGAGCAGAACACCUCCAGUGAGCAUGCCUCACGGGGGCUUGCAAGCCUGUGCUCAGUCUUACCGGGACAGCGAUCGUCUCCACCAAUCUCAAUCAAUGACCUACUGUCAAGCGUCGAGCGCUCACCAAGGCACUGGACAAGUGCAAACUUACUCGGAGAAGCUACUCGUUGACACACAUGGUGUUGCAAGCACUUCGACCGUUUCACCGGCUGUUGUCAAUCCAGCUGCCCUUAACAUUCCUUUCUCGCAAUACGCCGUCCCUCGAGAACAGCCUACUUCCUGGACUUCUGAAGCGCCACAGCCCCUGUCAGCGCACUCCGAAGGCGACACCCACUACCAUGAUGCCAGAACCAGUACCCCAUUCCUUGCACCUGCCAUCAUGCAGAUGCACACUGCCAGUAUAUACGGAGACCAGGGCUGGUACCUGGAGAGACAGCCACCUCAGACGACAUCAGUCCCUUACUCGCCCUAUCUCGACCCUCGAAGUAACUUCCCUUCACGACCUCUUUUGCCGGGAACAUUGGCCCAGCUUCACAAUGACUGGCUCUUGGCCUUCGGUCAGGGCGACGGUCAGCGACCAGAUCCGCUGGUGACGCGGGGUCUGCCCACACCAGAGCAAACGUACGAGUCGAGCCGACUGCGCAUGAUCUGGCAAGAAAUUGAUCGCAGACGUAUCGUCGACAUUGGGCCAGCAGAGAUGGAAGUGGUCGUGCAGGCAAAGAACAAGGCCUACAACGAGCUUCGUAGCACCCUGUACGCCAACGGUACACCGAGGGAACCCACGUACGAAGAAGUAGCGAGGAAGGCAAAGGAAACGUGGGAAAAGUCCAAGGUCGCCCUUUUGUACUGCAGCGCACUCCUUCGUCAGGCAGAGUUCGCACUUGCACAGGGCAGUCUGGCCCUUAGGCCACCUGAACAGAGCCAUGCGCCGUUGCCAAGGUCUCAACAAGAUGUUGCACAUGAAGAAGAUGCCGAGGGAAUCAGCAGCACUGCCAAAUUUCAGCAAGCCGUGGGACAUCAGAGAGCUCCUCAACAGCAGUCACAGCGAUCAGAAGCCACUACGUACGGCAGUGCAUCUCAAGAGGAGCAGCAGCAGCAGCAGCAGCAACAUCGAUCGCGUAGCUCUUCUUCGCAGGAGGAGAAAGGCUUCAAAACAUUCAAAGAGACCGCCAUGACACCACCUCCUACCACGACUAGUCUCAAUUAUCCGUCCCAUUCGAUGAAUACCAGUACGGGCUACAGAAGCUAA